AUGGAUCCCUGUGAAGAUCUAGAAGUGUCCGGUGGUAAAUCUCAGGACUCUAGGUGGGGGCAGCCUCAUGAACUUGAAGGACCACAGGCCAGCGGUCCUGAGGCGCUGGGGAAGGACUCUGCUGAGAUGUGGAGCCGGAAAUACCAGCUGCGGAGCAAAUACGUGCAGACCAGCAACAGUGAACCACAAGAUCAAAACAGAGUUUCCAAAGACCUUAUAAUGGUUGUCCAAGAAAUGAAAAAAUACUUUCUGUCAGAGAGACAGAGGAAACCAAGCACCCUGGAUGCUCUCAACUAUGCCCUUCGCUGCGUACACAGCGUGCAAGCAAACAGUGAGUUUUUCCAGAUUCUCAAUCAGAAUGGAGCGCCUCAAGCAGACGUGACCAUGUACAGUCUUGAGGAGCUGGCCACCAUUGCUUCAGAGCACACUUCCAAAAACACAGAUACCUUUGUGGCAGUUUUUUCAUUUCUGUCUGGAAGGUUAGUGCACGUUUCUGAACAGGCUCCUUCGAUCCUGCAUUGUAAGAAAGAGUUCUUAGAGUCCUCUCAUUUCGUUGAACUGCUUGCCCCUCAAGACGUGAGGGUGUUCUACACACACACUGCCCACGCUCAGCUUCCUUUCUGGAACAACUGGACCCAAAGAGCAGCCUCACGCUAUGAAUUCGCUCCGGUGAAAUCCUUUUUCUGCAGGAUCCGUGGAGGUGAAGCCCGGGAGCUGGGGCAGCCUUACUGCCCGUUCCGGAUUAUCCCCUAUUUGAUUCAUGUGCACAGCUCGGCCCGCCCGGAGCCUGAGCCCUGCUGUCUCACCCUGGUGGAGAAGAUUCAUUCUGGUUACGAAGCUCCUCGGAUCCCAGUGGAUAAAAGAAUUUUUACCACAACACACACCCCCGGGUGUGUUUUUCUUGAAAUAGAUGAAAGAGCAGUGCCUUUGCUGGGUUACCUACCUCAGGAUCUGAUUGGAACAUCCAUCCUGACAUACCUGCACCCGGAAGAUCGUUCUCUGAUGGUCGCCAUACACCAAAAAGUCUUGAAGUAUGCAGGCCAUCUUCCCUUUGAACAUUCACCCAUUAGAUUUUGUUCUCAAAAUGGGGAUUACAUUGUAUUGGAUUCCAGUUGGUCCAGCUUUGUGAACCCAUGGAGCCGGAAGGUUUCUUUCAUCAUCGGUCAGCAUAAAGUGCGAACGAGUCCACUAAAUGUGGAUGUUUUUGCCACCGGAAUAAAAAAGAUGAACAGUAAUGAUAAAGACAUAACAGAAUUACAAGAACAAAUUCACAGACUUCUCUUACAGCCCGUUCACGGGAGCGCAUCCAGUGGCUAUGGGAGCCUGGGGAGCAGCGGGUCUCAGGAGCAUCACCUCAGCAUCGCAUCCUCCAGUGAGUCCAGCGAGCGCUGCGCGGAGGAGGUGCAGAAGGCACCGUUGACUUUGCAUCAGGUCUGUGCCAGUGUAAACAAAAUCAAGAAUCUAGGCCAGCAGCUGUACAUCGAGUCAAGGGCCAAAUCACCAAAGAAGCAAGUGAUGAAGACCGGCCCGGGACAGCGUGGUGAUGAGCAGAAGGCCUUUUCUUCCUUCCAGACAUUAAAAAAUAAUAGGAUGUACACCGAGUCUUGUGAGGAUUUGAGAAGGUAUCAGCGUAGCCCAUCCUAUCAGCAAAUAAACUGUAUUGAUAGCGUUAUCAGGUACCUGAAGAGCUACAACAUUCCAGCUUUGAAGAGAAAGUGUAUCUCCUGUACAAAUACGACUUCCUCAUCCUCGGAAGAAGACGGACAAAGCCACAGAGCAGAUGAUGUCCAAGCACUGCAAGUUGCUCUUACAUCACCAGCUGUUUCUCAGAUCCCAGCCGUACCUACAUCAGAAAUGCCAGCUAGUGGACGGUCCACAGAUGCUGAAGGAGGAGCUCCACAGACCCUGACCGAGGAGGCUCUGAGCCUGGGCAUGAGGCAGUGCAGCUACAGCAGCACCGUUGUUCACAUGCCACCACUGGAGUCAGAAUUGAGUCCAGCAGAGCUUGGCACCCUGCCCUGUGAACCCUGGACCCUCAGCACACACCCAGCUCCACUGGCCUCAGAACAGUUUAAACACAUAGGGCUCACAAAGGCUGUGCUGUCAGCCCACACGCAGAAGGAAGAACAGAGUUAUGUGGAUCAAUUCCGGGACAAGAUUCUGUCAUCGCCCUACAGCUCCUAUCUUCAGCAAGAAAGCAGAAACAAAGCUACAUAUUCAGAAGUUCAAGGUAAUUCUGCUUCCAAGCCUACCCGAUCCGCUGGUUGCAGGAAGGGGAAGCACAAGCGUAAGAAGCUGCUCAUGUGGUCGGACAGCAAGGGCACUAAGGAUGACUUCUGUCCCCACCUCGUAGGAGAGGCCCAGGAUGGACAGCCCUGGUGCCCUUCCUCCACCUCCUCUCCUCAUGCCUCUGGCCCAUCGCUCCAGGCUGCAGUGGUGGUUCCCAGCCAGGCACCUUGCCUCGUCCAAGCCCUUCCUCUCCCAACCGUGACCUCCCUGGGGAGAGAACGUGCAGCCUCAGAAACUGCGCUGCAGAGUCUGCCUGAGCCGCCUUUCCCCAAUGGCUUGCAGUCUUUCCCAGCUCUGCCCUCUGCUUGCCUAGAUGCUUUUAUGAACAUCUUCCUGCAUGACCCCCCUAUCUGUCCUCUCUUGUUACCACCAUUCUCCCCAUAUCCAUUCUUGGGAGCAGCAGGCUCUUCUGAAAUACCCGCCUCGGUAUCAGCAGUGCCUCCAAAUCCAGGCCCACCAUCUUCAGCCAUCAGCCAAAGGAGCGGCGAGGGAAAGUGGGGGACCCAGAAUGAAGGGCACCCCCUCAUUAACUCAAAGAGCAGCUCCCCGCUCCAGCUCGACCUGCUGCAGGAGGACAGGUCCAGAUCCUGUGCGUCCCCAGAAGCUGAGUAUCAGCCUGUCAGUCUCAACAGUGAGAAUAAGAACGAUCAUUUUACUACCACUGAACUGUCUACGGUGUCACUGCAUGAGGCUUCUCCUCCGGGAGCUGGUUCUGCAGCAGCAGGUAGAAGCAGUGGCAGCAGUGUACACUUUGCUACUCGUGAUUAUUCUUCUGAAAUCUUUCAAAAUGGGCAGCAAUCUCAGGAUGUACAGAAAAAAGAAACAUUUCCCAACUUAGCUGAAGAGUCCACCUGGAGAAUGAUAGAACAAACACCUGAGUGCAUUCUGAUGACGUAUCAGGUGCCUGAGAGGGUUAAAGAAAUUGUACUGAAAGAAGACCUAGAAAAGCUGGAAAGCAUGAGGCGGCGGCAGCCGCAGUUUUCUCACGGACAAAGGGAGGAGCUGGCCAAUGUGCAUUCCUGGUUUCAGAGCCAGACGAUCCCUCAGGAAAUAGACAUCCAGGGCUGUGUCACUUGCGAAAACGGAGCUUCAGCUGGUGAUGCUGCAGAAUCCUGUGGUCCGGAUCCAGCAGAAGCAGCAGUUGAGUGA